AUGCGGCAGCAAUACUCACGCCUCAAAGCAAAGUACAGCGGCUCAGCUGCUAAGACUGCUGAGCCAAUGCUGAGACAAAUAUCUUUUCUGCAAAACGACGCAGUCCCCCGUGAAAGCAUUCGUAUCUCAAAUUUGAAAAGCGACAGCGAUCACGAGUUAGAGAGCAGCUCUGUAGUCAGCGAAAGCAUGAAUCAACAUUCACAAAAAUCCAGCAUUGCCAUGGCCCCUAGUGGUGGUUCUUUGAGGAAGAAAAGGAAGCUAUCAGGCGAUGGUGAUUUUUUCAGAGCGGCACUGGACGAUCUUCCUAAGGCAGUGGCUGAAGAGAGAUUGCAACUUAUCUUCAAAGUGCUUACGGCAGAUAUUGAAAAUAACAGUGUCACAGCGGAGAAGUUAUUAGCCGUGGCAGAGAAACUUAUGAUCACAAUGCAAUGGGACUUGAUGGACGCUUCGGAGAAGUUAUUGAACGUGGUGAAAAAAGUGGAGGUUCUUAGUCAGGGUGUCAGAAUCCGUGGUCGCGCUGUAGUAGUAGUAGAAUUUGCUGGACGCUUCAGAGAAGUCAUUGGACGUGAUAAUAAAACUUUUAACGAGAGUGGCGGAAUCCGUGGUCGUACCGCAAAACUAGGAUAUGCUGGACGCUUCGUAGAAGUGGUUGGACGUGGUAAAGAAAUGGAAAUUUUCCAGAAUGCCUAA